AUGGCAGAGCGGUCAGCCGCAGUGCCCACUCCAAAGAUGGCGGCACUUCGCCGGGUUCGAAGCCUGACUUUGGUUUUCUUAACUGUCAGCGGCAGUCUAAUUAGUUUGACAGGCGCCAAGGAAGGGGGAGAAGAGACUGUCAUUAUAGGUCUCAGACUGGAGGACACGGACGACGUUUCCUUUAUGGACAAGGGCUAUCUGCGGGUCAGCGAGAGGUCCCGCGUCAAGUUGAGGGUCUAUGGUCAAAACAUUAACAACGAGACAUGGUCCAAAAUUGCCUUCACAGAACAUGAACGGACCAAAGUGUUUGGCAACAUUGACAGUUCAUUUGGGGACAACCAGAGCAAAGAGGACAUAUCCGGCUUUCAUCCGUGUGGCAUCAGAACCUCGGAUAUAAUUGUUCUGCCCAAUAUUAACGUAAACAGAAAGACAUCUGGAAUAGUGGAGAUUGAAGUCAAACCUCUGCGAAAGACGGAAAGGAGUAAAUCAUACUACCUCUGUAUUGCCACCUCUACACCUGCCGUGGCGGGCCAGGUGGAGCCGUGGACCGAGAACACCUGGGUGUAUCACGAUGGGCAGGACACCAGAGUGAUUGUGGUGGAGGAGAAGAAAUUCCUUCUUCCUUUCUGGCUGCAGGUGAUCUUCAUCGCGAUGCUUCUCUGCUUGUCCGGCAUGUUCAGCGGGUUGAACCUGGGUCUGAUGGCGCUGGACCCCAUGGAGCUUCGGAUAGUUCAGAACUGCGGUACAGAGAAGGAGAAGAAUUACGCGAAGAAGAUCGAGCCCGUGCGGAGUCAAGGGAAUUACCUGCUGUGCUCGCUUCUCUUGGGGAACGUCUUGGUCAACACCACCUUGACCAUUUUGUUGGAUGAUAUUGCAGGUUCUGGGCUGAUUGCAGUCGUGGUGUCAACCAUCGGAAUUGUGAUAUUCGGAGAAAUCGUGCCCCAGGCUAUAUGUUCAAGGCACGGUCUCGCAGUGGGUGCGAAUACCAUAUUCCUGACCAAAUUUUUCAUGCUGCUGACCUUCCCAGCAUCGUACCCAGUGAGCAAACUCUUAGAUCAUCUGUUGGGUCAGGAGAUAGGAACGGUGUACAACAGAGAAAAACUUCUGGAGAUGCUGCGCGUGACGGACCCGUACAAUGAUUUGGUCAAAGAGGAGCUUAAUAUAAUACAGGGCGCUCUGGAGCUCAGGACAAAAACCGUGGAGGACGUGAUGACACCUCUGAGGGACUGUUUCAUGAUCACUGCGGAUGGUAUCCUGGACUUUGGCACCAUGUCAGAGAUCAUGGAAAGCGGGUACACGCGCAUCCCGGUCUUCGAAGGGGAGAGGUGCAAUAUUGUGGAUCUGCUGUUCGUCAAAGAUCUGGCGUUCGUGGAUCCGGACGACUGCACUCCCCUGAAAACCAUCACUAAGUUCUACAGUCAUCCGCUGCACUUUGUGUUCAACGACACCAAGCUGGAUGCCAUGCUGGAGGAAUUUAAGAAAGGUAAAUCCCACCUGGCCAUCGUCCAACGGGUGAACAAUGAGGGCGAAGGAGACCCUUUCUAUGAGGUGCUGGGAAUCGUCACGUUGGAGGACGUCAUUGAAGAAAUCAUCAAGUCCGAGAUCCUGGAUGAGACAGACUUGUAUACGGACAACAAGUCCAAAAAGAAGAUCACCCAUCGGGAGAGGAAGCAGGACUUCUCUGCCUUCAAGCCCACAGACAACGAGAUGAAGGUUAAAAUAUCACCCCAGCUUCUGUUGGCCACUCUGCGUUUCCUAGCAACAGAGGUGGAGCCGUUCAGCCCGGCUCAGAUGUCAGAGAAGAUCCUCCUUCGUCUCCUCAAACACCCCAACGUCAUCCAGGAGCUGAAGUACGACGAGAAGAACAAGAAGAUGCCGGAACACUACCUCUUCCACCGCAACAAGCCCGUGGACUACUUCAUCCUGAUUCUACAGGGGAAGGUGGAGGUGGAGGCAGGGAAGGAAGGGAUGAAGUUUGAAGCAGGAGCCUUUUCCUAUUAUGGGAUGCUGGCCCUUUCUGUCCUCUCCGUCCUCUCCGUCCCUCUCCGUCCUCUCCGUCCCUCUCCGUCCUCUCCGUCCCCCCGUCCCCUCUCCAUCCCUCUCUUGGGUUACAAUACGUUUUCACAGCUCUUUGAGAAUAAGUCUCCCCCGCGGCCGUUCGGACUGAACCACUCGGACUCUCUGAACCGCAGUGACCGCAUCGAUGCCAUCACACCCACGCUGGGGAGCAGCAAUAACCAGCUCAACACCUUCCUACAGAUCUACGUCCCUGACUACUCCGUCAGGGCUGCCACUGACCUGCUAUACAUCAAGGUCACCCGGCAACAGUACCAGAACGCGGUCAUGGCCUCGCGCAUGGACAAGACGCCGCAGUCCACGGACGGCGACUGCACCAAAAUCGAGCUGGCUCUGACGGAGCUUCCCGAUGGCCUGCAGGACGAGACGGCCAACCUGCUGAACCAGCAGCAGAACUGCCUGCCGCACGCCAAGUCCAACCACACCGUGCACGAGGGCGCCAUCUAAGGCCCGGCAGCGGGAACGCAGCGCACUCCACGCCACGCCCACCCCUGCGGCCACUGGCCCCCGAGGGAACAGGCCGCGUCACUCACUCUCACCCGGGCGGGGCAGACGCACG